AUGGUCCAGUACGAUCCCUUCGCUACCAUCAUGAGCGACGGUGCCCUUCCUACUCGACCAAAGGAUGCAUUUGCAACCGGUACUGAUACCCGUGAUUACACACCACCGGAAAAUCCCAAGACCUAUGGAAACGUCCAUCCCCAGCUCCGAAGACUGUCGUCGGCUAGCCACCACAGCCACGGCCAUGCAUCGCACUAUUGCUCACGAUGCCACAUGCGGCGACCGUCACAAGAAAACUUGGCCAUGACGCGGUCACACAGUCACAGUCCGGACGACGAGUCCUGGGAUGGCUUCUGUCCAGACAUCCAUAUGCCAGAGCACGCGCCCGCCCGGCCGCUGCAUCACACCCGACGACACUCGGGCUUGUGUCCACAAGACGUGGUGACGGCGCAGGCCCAUCAGGAUGGCCGUACCUCGCCGCACACACAAAUGACAAUCAAGGCCCGGUCCUGUCCUCACUCCGCCGCCGGCCAUCACCAUGCAUGCCACUGCGAGAGCGUCACUCCGACGGAAAACCUGACCGAGAGAUACGGCCUGGUCGAGGAGCCGGAAGAGAUU